UGUACGACACCGUAGGAGAUUGGUCCGAAAGAACGAUCUACUUGUAUAAAUCUAUUUGAGAACUCGAGUGAAAUGUCAGGAUUUACUGAACCAACACUGGUGCCCAUGCCAGUGAAGAAGAUAAAAGAAGAAGAGUUUGAUGAUUUCCUUCAAGAAUACCUGUUUGCAGUUCAGAAAGAAAAAGAAAACCCUGGACUGGAUCAUGACUGCAAGUCUGAAACAUUCCCAUCAACAACCUUAAACUGCGAAGACAAAAAGUCCCCAUUGAUGAAAAUAAACCAGGAGAAAAGCUACAUCAGUGCUCUGACUGUGGAAAGGCAUUUAGUCAAAGUUCCCAUCUAAAGUCACACCUGAGGAUCCACACAAGAGAAAAGCCACAUAAGUGCACUGACUGUGGAAAGGCCUUUUGUCAUUUUUUUUUCUAUGCAGGUACACCAGAGGAUACACACAGGAGAAAAGCCGUAUCAGUGCACUGACUGUGGAAAGGCCUUUAGUCAAAUGUCUUCUCUCAAUAACCACCAGAGGAUCCACACAGGAGAAAAGCCACAUCAGUGCUCUGACUGUGGAGAGGCCUUUAGUCACAGUUCCCAUCUAAAGGAACACCGGAAGAACCACACAGGAGAAAAGCCUUAUCAGUGCACUAACUGUGGGAAGAGUUUCAAGACCAAAGCAGAAGUCAACAACCAUCAGCGUACACAUACAGGAGAAAAGCCGUAUCAGUGCUCUGACUGUGGAAAGGCCUUUAGUCGAAUAUCUAAUCUUAAGGCACACCAGAGGAUCCACACAGGAGAAAAGCCAUAUCAGUGCACUGACUGUGGAAAGGUCUUUAUUCAAACUUCUUCUCUCAAGGUACACCAGAAGAUCCACACAAGAGAAAAGCUGCAUCAGUGCUCUGACUGUGGAAAGGCCUUUGGUGAUACAUCAACCCUCCUGAAACACCAGAGAAUCCACACAGAAUAGUUUUCAGAUCAACACCCAUAAUUGCAUAAAUACAGGAGAAAAGCCACAUCAGUGCUCUGACUGAGGAAUGGCCUUCAGUCAAAGGCUUCAUCUAAUGAGACACCAGAAGAUCCACACAAGAGUAAAGCUGAUUAAUGUACUACAUGUGGUAAGAGUUUCAGUCGAAACUCAACUCUUAAGACCCAUCAGAGAAAAUACACUAGAGGUAAAUAUCAACAAAACUGAUUUGACUGAAAUGUUAUUUUAAUAAUAUUGAAGCCAAAAUUUACAGAAACAUGUAUGUGCACACAAAAUGGUGAAACUGCAUAAAUAUUUUGGUGUUUUCGGUUUGGGAAGUCUUUGAAUCAAAUGUUUAAUUAAGUGUCAUAGAAUUCAAAAUUUCACAUUUACUGAGAUACUCAUUGUUUGAUCCUAUUCUAUUGAUAUUCUAUUUGAUCCUAUUCUAUUGAUAUUCUAGUUGAUCCUAUUCCUUGAUGUUCAUGUUGUUUACUAAAGAGAAACACCUCAUGAGAUCAGACAUGCUGUAUAAAACUACAACUAAAAGUUGUGAUGCAAAAACUCUUAUAACUUUUACUAUGAGAGAUGCUUUGAGAUUUUGGAAAUGUUAUUCUAUCAUUGUAAAUAAGUGUGUAGAAUAUGUACAAAUCAACUCUGCAUGACUAUGCCAAUGACAAGGUAUCUCAUAAUGGCUGAUUGAACAAAUUUAUUUUUAUUUUGUACAUGGAAUGGGAUGUUUUUUAAAAAACAAAACGAUAAACAAAACUCAGAAUUACUUGGAAUAAAUGUCUUACUUUCUGGUGCAAAUGAUUAAGUCUUUGGGAAGUUGCAACAAAAAUAAAGGUCAUAAACAU